AAAACUGAUCCAUAUACAGUUUCUCAUAUUAUAUGGUGUAAUAAACCAUUCCCCAUGUCAGCCUGAUGUGGUGUGCUCACUGGACAUUUUCCCCCAAGACAGAUGGUUCCAAAGUUCAAGGAUUUUCAGAGGGCACAUAUCUUUGGAGGGAUAGGUACAGCAUACGAAAUACUCGCCCUGAAAUGUUCAACUGACUAAAGCCACGCAACCAAAGUGCUGACAGCCUAGUUUAUACAUCAGUAUUCUAAGAUCAAAACCAUUCGUUGAGAAGAGUUUGGAAAUCAUGGCUGAGAGAAAAAGUAGCGAGUUUGCAAAACAAGUCCAAAGGAAAUUCAGUCGCGCCCAGGAGAAGGUUUUACAGAAAUUUGGUAAAUCUGAGGAGACCAGAGAUGCAGAGUUCGAAAUAUGUGUACAAAACCUCCAAGAUCAGCAGAGUGAUGGGCAAAGAAUAUACAAGGACCUUAAGGCAUACUUAAAUGCUGUCAGAGUGAUGCGAGAUGCAUCCAGUCGUCUUUUUCAAUCUGUAUAUGAUGUUUAUGAGCUUGACUGGGAAGGAGGAGAGGACCUUGGGGCUUUUGUAGAGGGGGAAGACCUGCUAUGGAAUGAUUAUGAAGCAAAAUUGAAAGAUCAGGCUUUGCUCACAAUAGAAUCAUACAUGAGCCAGUUCCCAGAUAUGAGGGAAAAAGUUGCCAAACGAGGUAGAAAACUUGUGGACUAUGAUUCUACUCGUCACCACCUGGAGUCAUUGCAAAAUGCCAAAAAGAAGGAUGAAAUCAAGAUAGGCAAGGCUGAAGAAGAGAUGAAAAUGACAAAAACAAUCUUUGAGGACAUGAACAGGGAACUGAAAGAGGAGCUGCCGCUUCUCUAUGAUAGUCGGGUUGGUUGCUACGUAACAGUCUUCCAAGCUAUCUCAAACUUGAGAGAAAUCUUCUAUAAAGAAAUGUUUGAGAAUAACAAGGAGUUACAGAAUAUCAUAAUGAAUCUAAAAGCCCAGCAUCCUGACAAGAACUUUGUGGUUAAGAACUUCAGUCGUGGAACAUUGAAGAGGAGGUCACUAAAAGAUGCACUGUCUCCCAGAGCACUGAGAGCCAGUUUCUCUGAGCUCCACAUGAGUUAUAGUUCUCGAGGAUCUCUAAGGAGAGAACAGACAUCCAGUUUUAGGUCUGAGAAAGGUCCUUCUGAGGUCCUUUCCAGCCCUGCUAGACCAAAGCCCCCAAAGGACAGCAAUUGUGGGUUUGGGGACAGCGAUGCAGGGUCUUUUAGUGAGGACAACCCAGACAUAGAGAGAACACCUUCCAUUACAUCUGCACCUGUAGUAGAUGACACAAAUGCUUUUGAAAGUGUGAACAGCACUACAAAAAAAGAUGCAAAAAAAGAAAAUGAAAGUACUGAAACAAAAAAAAAUGAACCACUGCCAGGCUCAGACCAUGAUGGAGAAGGGAUGAUUUUAGAUUUCAAAGGUGACUUGUCUUCACAGAAAGAUCUUGAAACGCUCAGCACCCAUCCUGAGGAGCUAAAUGAUCAAGGCUCUGAAUCAGAAAAUGGAAUAGGCACAAAUUGCAAAACAGGUAUAGAAGGAUCGGGAGACUCUUGCAAGGAAAAUGCCACAAAUAACCAAAUAUUAAAUGAAAUUAAAGAGGAAACAUUCUGAAACAAAGGACUGCCUUCAUUCUUUAGAAAAAAGGGAUGAACUGAAUUUAAACAAAAUACACUUCACCUAUCUGGAUAUUACUACACUAACUCUAAACUGAACCAAAUGAAAUUACUACUAUUAGUAUUUUUUUUUCCCAUUAUAAACCGUAAAUUGGAGAAAAUGCAAACCAAUCUGUUAAUAAAGCUUGGACCAUUAUCAAAUAUAAUUGCUUGUGAUAAAUCCAAUCAAUAUUAGACUGAUUAGAAUAUUAUGAUUAUUAGCAAGUUAUCAAGUUAUUUUCCACCUCUUUUUUUGUUGUCUUGUGAUUUAAUGUGUAAAGUCAAUUUAAUUGUUGGUUUGUGGCCUUUUGUGGUUACUUUGUAAUUUUUACAUUUUAAAAAUGUAAUGUUACUUGUUGUGGACAGAUAAAAGAUAAAUGAUAUAUAUAUUCAUUCAAUAUAUAAUAAACCUCUAUGUGUCCAUUGCA